UUGUACAAUGGGAGGUGAAGUAUUCUUCAUAUGUACUAAGUUAGAAAGUGUAAAUAAAUUUUUGGAUGAGUAGAAGUUGAAUCAUGCAAAUGACAUAUAAAAGCUAAAUCGAAAAUUUGUUAAUAUCUGCUGUACUCAUGCUAUAUUAGCCACAUAAGGCGUCACAUUUUUCUUUCCCUCCUAAACAACAAAAGGCCAGAUUAGAAAUCUCAUUUACUCAUUUCUCCACAUGGAGGCAAUAAAGUUUAAUUUAGUACUAGUAAUUUUAGUGCUGAAAGUGAUUAGUUUCCAUGGAGUUAGUUGUGGCAGCAGCUUCAGACAAGUUGAGAAAAAGAGGAACAAUUUAAAAACAUAUGUUAUCAAGAGCAUUCAGAGUGAAGAUGGGGAUAUAAUUGACUGCAUUGACAUUUUGAAGCAGCCAGCUUUUCGCCACCCUGCUCUGAAGAAUCACAAAAUUCAGAUGAAACCAAAUUUCAAUCCAAAGACAAAGGUUACAGAAAGAGAAACAACACAAUGGACAAGAAAAGAGGAUUUUGAGAGGAUCAUAGUGACUUCACAAGUGUGGCAAAGAAAUGGAAUUGCAUGUCCCAAUGGGACGAUACCCAUCCGAAGAGUCCAAAAAUUCAAGAAGCUUCGGAAAAAUAAGUAUGGGAGGAAAAAUCCUACUUAUCAGGUUAUGCAAUCUACUGACACGCUUAAUCUUUUGCUAGCAAACCACUCGACUGCUGUGCUGAUUGCCCAAGGAUUUAAGUACACCGCUGGCAAAUGCGAUAUAAUAGUUUGGAAUCCAAAUGUGGAGUCGGAUGAUGAGUAUAGUACUUCUCAUGUAUCACUCAGACAUGGUCCUCUGCAUGCGUAUGAGCAAAUUGAAUCUGGAUGGGCAGUAAAUCCAGGUGUGUAUGGGGAUCGCCAGACUCGGUUUUUUGCUUAUUGGACUGCUGAUUCAUCAAACAAGACUGGUUGCUUCGAUCACACUUGCCCUGGAUUUGUUCAAACAAACAAUGAGAUAGCACUAGGAGCUGCAAUCUGUCCCAUCUCAAAGCCAAAUGGUCUGCCAUACAAAAUUACCAUCUACAUUUACAAGGAUUUUAUCACUGAUAAUUGGUGGUUACAAUAUGGAGACAAUAUAAACAUUGGGUAUUGGCCACCAGAAUUAUUCAAAAUGUUAUGGUAUCAAGCUAAUGUGGUUCAAUGGGGAGGUGAAGUUUAUAGCACAAGAGUUGGACCAGUUCAUCCACACACAGCAACUGCAAUGGGAAGCGGCCAAUAUUCAGACCCUACUGGUCACUGGAUCAGAUCAGGCCAAAUUACAAGAAUGAGGGUCCAAGAAAAUGGGCAUGAAUUAAAGUUCCCUGAAUAUGUGUUCCCUUAUUCUGAAGAGUAUGACUGUUAUGAUCAAAUAUAUGUUAGUGAUUAUAUCGACGAUCCUGAGUUUUAUUAUGGUGGCCCUGGUAGAAGUUGGAGGUGCCCUUGAUAAAAGCACUAGUCAUUAUAUCAUGCAGGAGGAUAGCUAGUUACUAGUUUAUAAUGUUAUUCCUUUUCUUGAGUUUUGAAGGAGAUUUCUAUGUUAUUCAUAAAUUAAACUUCUGAUGACAAUAUCUAAGUUAAUCCACAUGUGUUCAUACACGGUGUUUCUCGUCUCAUUGUUACUGCACGAUUCAGAUAGGUUGCAGCU